UUCCAUUUGCAUGUCAAAUUUGACAGAAAAUUGACAACCAAAACGUGUGAGUCUUUCUUUUCUCGCGUAUCAUUAACCAGAAAACAUGGCUACCCUCAAAAAAAGGAAAAAGACCAGAAAGCUUCGUGGGCAUGUCAGUCACGGUCAUGGUCGUAUUGGCAAGCACCGCAAGCAUCCCGGAGGUCGCGGUAAUGCCGGUGGUAUGCAUCAUCAUCGCAUCAACUUUGACAAAUACCAUCCCGGUUAUUUCGGCAAAGUUGGCAUGAGAAAUUUCCAUUUGAAUCGUAAUCACCAAUUCUGUCCCACAAUCAAUUUGGACAAAUUGUGGUCGCUUGUCGGCGAGGAGAAACGUUUGGAAUGCCAAAAGGACCCCAAAAAGGUGCCCGUUGUUGACAUCGUUCAAUUUGGCUAUUACAAAUUGUUGGGCCAUGGACAUCUCCCCAAGCAACCAAUUAUUGUUAAGGCAAAAUACGUCUCACACAAAGCCGAGAACAAAAUCAAGGCUGCAGGAGGAGCUUGCAUCUUGAGAGCUUAAGAGACUAAAAACUGCAUUUUGUACGAAAUUCCAACCGCUGUACAAAGAAAUUUUACGAUUAAUACAAAAACAAAAGAAAAAACACAAAA